CAUUAUUUACGGCAGUGGGCGGUUUUAAACGUAGUCAAAUUGUUCAUGGAUAAAAAAACAUUACAGUAGCUAUAGUAGUGUGCAGUAAAGGGGGAAUUCUUCAGGGGAAUUAUUCUUUAUAUUCGUUCCAAGAUGAGAAGAAGAGUUGAUGAGUCUGUUGCAUCCAAACGAAAUGAGGAGAAAGGGGUUAAAAAUAAGGUUCAGGUACAAACCAGGUCAUCAUGGUGGGUGUGGGUGAAAAGGGCACUGAUAGCUCUUUGCACUCUGUAUGUGACCACGCCAUUUGUUCUGCGAUUGUUUCCCAGUGUCAUGCAAUACCUGGUUUAUAAACAUGCAGUAACGUAUUUUGUUGACCUGAGCCGUCCCUCUGAUCUUGGCCUCAAUCACACCGUCAAUAUGUACCUGACCUCAGAAGAAGGAGUGACACUAGGAGUAUGGCUCACGGUUCCUGAGCAAAAGUGGAAGGAGUCUCAAGGUAAAGGUUUGGAGUGGUAUGAGCAGUCUUUAGGGGAUGGUUCCCCUGUUUUCAUCUACUUCCAUGGUAAUACCGGUAACAGAGCAGCUCCACAUCGCGUGGGAGUUGCCAAUGUGUUAAGUUCUCUUGGAUAUCAUGCUGUGGUUAUAGAUUACAGAGGAUUUGGGGAUUCCACCGGAGAGCCCACUCAGGAUGGACUGACCACUGAUGCACUUUAUUUGUACCACUGGGUACGGGCACGCAGCAAGGACAGCCCGGUCUUCAUUUGGGGUCACUCUCUUGGCACUGCUGUGUCAUCAGGCAUUGCAGUGAUACUUCAAGAGAAAGGAAACCCUGUUGAUGCAGUGAUACUUGAAGGUGCUUUCACAGCUGGAAAAUUGCAAAAAGGUCAACCCCAUCCUUUCACCUGGUAUUACUGGAGAUUUCCAUAUAUACAGUACUACUUUUCCCUAGACUCAAUUGAAGCAAAUAAACUUGACCUGUCCAAUGUUGAAAACUUAAAAAAAAUGAGGACACCUCUUAUGAUCCUUCACUCUAAAGAUGAUCACAUGGCUCCUUUCUGGAUGGCUGAGGAACUUUACAACACUGCUAAAAGUGCAAUGAAGUCAGAGGAAAAAGUACAACUGGUUGCAUUUGAUGGAUCCCAUGGAUAUCUUCAUAAUGGGCUUUAUAGGGACCCUGCAUUGCCAAAUUAUAUACGGGAGUUUGUGCAGUCUGUUGCAAAGUAAUCUGAAGGCUUCCAUGGCGGGACAAAGUUAAACCUGCACAUCUCAUCUUCACUUAUGUUUUACUAUCUCUUUUUAACUUUAGUGAUGUGUUCAUGUUUAAAUCAGUUUAGUUAGAAGUCACUCAUUCAAAAGUAUAGAUACCUCUCUCUCUCUCUCUCUCUCUCUCACACUUCUUUCUAACCAGCAGUUUCUAGAGAGCAGAAACAGUCCAUAUUUCCCAGUGUUCGCGGUUGGUUUUAGAUUAGCUUGAAUGAAAUAGAAAAGCAGAUUGAAAGAAUGAGUGUACACUCAAUCCUAAGACACUGAAGAAUUCUUAGAAAUGUGCGAAAGCCACCGCUGUUGUGUGGCUACAAAUCAAUUAUAGGUGCACUGACAUAAUGGAAGUCAUCCAGAAGCUUAUGGUGGGCAACAACUAACUGUGUGAUUUCUAACCGUGUGAUCUUUUCAUAAAAACUUUUUCCAAUUCUGGUAAAGAAAAUAUAGAAAUGUCUAUGUAUUGUGUGAAAAACAGAUCUUUCUCUUCUGUCUGUAUCUUUAUGAUAUCUUUAUGAUAAUGCCUUGUAAUAUGAAUACUGCCUUAAAAAAGGUCAAAAUAAAUACUACAGGGAAUUUAUUAAUAAACUUAGAAUUCAAUUUAAAGGACCCUGAUAAUGAUGCUGAUGAUUUUUUUUGUAUUGUAAAGUUAACAGCCAUAGGAUCCAAUAAGACCCUGAUGAUGACACUGGUAAUAAAGAUGUGUAAAAAAAAAUAAACCAUAAACUACCUGAUUAUGAUUCUUCAGAUCUUUGGGUAAAUAAUGAUGCACAGAUAUUUUGUAUUGUAAGGGAAAUGGUCAUAGGAUCUAAAAAAAAGAUUAUGAUGAUGUAAACAAAAAAUAAACAUUAAACUACAUGA